AUGCGAGUAAAAAACAGCGCGCCCUUGGGGCGCCUUCUUGCUGCGCUGCUGGCCGGGCCGCAACUCGUUUCGGCCUUCUACCUCCCUGGUGUCGCGCCCACUUCGUACAAGGAAGGCGACCCUGUUCCGCUCUAUGUCAACUCCAUUCGACCGACCGCAGGGCCCGACGCUAUGCUACACUCGGUCGUAUCCUACGACUAUUACCACCCGCUCUUUCAGUUCUGCAAGCCCCCGGACGGCCCCCAGAGCGUUGGCGAAAGCCUGGGCAGCAUCCUGUUCGGCGACAGGAUCAAGACGUCGCCGUUUGAGCUCAAGAUGGGGAAGAACGAGUCGUGCAAGGCGCUCUGCAAGACUACAUACCAAAAGACGGCUGCGAUCUUUGUCAACAAUCAGAUCAGGUCCGGCAUGAGCAUCAACUGGCUGGUGGAUGGGCUUCCCGCCGGGCAAAAGAUCGUGGACGUGUUGACAGAAGAGGAGGUUUACAACCCGGGCUUCCUUCUCGGACAGCAAAUCGGUGAUAGCGAUCAGGUGCAGUUCAACAACCACUACGAUAUCCUCGUCGAGUAUCACCAGGUGGCGGGCACCGAAGAUCAAUUCCGCGUCGUCGGAGUCAUUGUUCAGCCCGAAUCGAAGCGGUACACGGCCCCCAUCGACGAGGAAUCGUGCACCACUCCCAUGGAGCCCGUCAUUCUGAACGAGUCGGGCGACACGGAGGUCCAGUUCACCUACGGCGUCUACUGGAUCCCCUCCCCCACGGCUUGGGCCACGCGGUGGGACAAGUACCUCCACGUCUUCGACCCCAAGGUCCACUGGUUCUCCCUCAUUAACUCGGCCGUCAUUGUCGUCUCCCUCGUCCUCAUGGUCAUGUCGAUUCUGGUCCGCGCCCUGAAGAAGGAUAUCGCGAGGUACAACAGGCUCGACCAGCUCAGCCUCGACGACCUGUCCGGUACCGCGGCGCUGAUGGAGGACGGCGUGCAGGAGGACUCCGGGUGGAAGCUCGUCCACGGCGACGUGUUCCGCACGCCCUCGCACCCCCUGCUCCUCUCCGUCUUCCUCGGCAACGGCGCCCAGCUGUUCGUCAUGGCCGGCUUCACCAUCGUCUUUGCCCUGCUCGGCUUCCUCUCCCCGUCCAACCGGGGCUCCCUCGGCACCAUCAUGAUCCUCCUCUACACCGUCCUCGGCUUCGUCGGCGGCUACACCUCGGCCCGCAUGUACAAGUCGCUGCAGGGCGAGAAGUGGAAGCUCUGCAUCGUGCUCACCCCGGUCCUCGUCCCGGGCAUCGUCUUCGCCACCUUCUUCCUGCUCGACCUCUUCCUCUGGGCGCAGAACUCGUCGGGCGCCGUGCCCUUCACCACCAUGCUCGUCAUCAUCCUCAUCUGGUUCAUCAUCAGCGUGCCCCUCUCGGUCGCCGGCUCCUGGCUCGGCUUCCGCGCGCCCACCAUCGAGCCGCCCGUGCGCACCAACCAGAUCCCGCGCCAGAUCCCGCCCGUCACCUCCUACCUCCGGCCGGUGCCCAGCUGCCUGCUCGUCGGCAUGCUCCCGUUCGCGGCCAUCUUUGUCGAGCUCUACUUCAUCAUGAGCUCCAUCUGGUUCAGCAAGAUCUACUACAUGUUCGGCUUCCUCUUCCUGUGCUACGUCCUCAUGAUCAUGACCUGCGCCGCCGUCACCGUCCUGAUGGUCUACUUCCUGCUGUGCGCCGAGAACUACAACUGGCAGUGGCGCGCCUUCAUGGCCGCCGGUACCACGGCCGGCUACAUGUUCCUCAACGCCAUCAUCUACUGGAUCAGCAAGCUCUCCCUGGGCGGGUUCGCCGGGAGCGUGCUGUACAUCGGCUACAGCCUGCUCAUCUCGUUCCUGUUCUUCAUCUUGACCGGGUCGAUCGGAUUCUUUGCGAGCUGGCUCUUCGUCCGCAAGAUUUACUCUUCCAUCAAGAUUGAUUAGACGUAGUGGAAAGUGAAGAGAGAAUGCAUUUGGUAUGAGCAAGCCUUUCAGGAAUUGGAUGCCGUGUAAAGUUUCAUGUACAUACCACCACAAAAGAGAUGGGUGGGCUGCAUGGGGGAUUGUGUAGAAUUAGCGUUAGGUUUUAGGGAUGAUGAAAAGGAUUCAGGAGUAUUUAUUCAAGACUUGCUUC